UCUCUCAUCGUUGGGCUCCACCACCCACCACCCAACCAUGGUGUUGCGUCUCUUCCCGUGCUUCGGCCGGGGGAAACGCGGUGCGUCCUCGUCGGCCGAAGCCAACGACGACGAAGCCGAGGAGCGGCGGGGGAUGGGGCCCGUGCUUCUGGAGCUGUUCGCGUCGCAGGGCUGUGGGACCUCGCCCGAGGCCGAAGCGGUCGUGUCGCGGCUCGGCCGCGAGGAUCUACGAGAGGCCGGCGAGGAUCUGCCCCUCGUGGCGGUGCUGGCGUUCCACGUCGAGUACUGGGACUACCGCGGCUGGCGCGACCCCUUUGGCUCCAGCACUUGGACCGUCCGCCAGAAGGCCUACGUCGACGCGCUCCGCCUCGACACGCUCUACACCCCGCUCGUGGUCGUACAGGGCCGCGCUGAGUGCGUCGGCAAUGACCUCGACGCCGUCGCCGCCGCGCUCCGCUCCUCCCCAAGAUUCCCUUCCCCCACUAUGCAGGCGAGCUUCGCGAAGCCGGAGCCGGACAAACUGGAGGUGUCGUUCAUGGGCGCGCUGCGGACGAAGGUGGAGGGGAGCGGCGUGGACGUGAUGGUGGCGCUCUACGAGAGCGGGCUGGUGACCGACUGCGACGGCGGCGAGAACAAAGGGCGAAUGCUGAACAAUGACUACGUGGUCCGGCGGCUGGAGAAGCUGGUGUCGGUCGAGGACGUCGCGGCGAAGAAUAUUGUCUCCGGCGCGGUGGAGUUCGCGCUGUGGGAGGGAUUCAACGCCGCCAAGUGCGGCGUGCUUCUCUUCAUGCAGAGUGAGUCGCUCCAGACAUUUGGCGUUCAGCAAAUCCAAAUCCCCGACACAAUCUAAUUAUAAAUCAUCCUCAAAAUAAAAUCGGGGUUGAUGUUGCAAACCGAUUGAUUUUUCGAAAGCUUUUUUAUGUGUUCGAUAUGGAAACUGGCUGCGUCUCGAUCUGUCUUUUGUUCCUAAAGAAUGGAAUUAAUCUGACAAAAAAAUUC